AUGCCCAUCCGGGCUUUAACGGUGUGUGCCAUGCCCAUCCGGGCUUUAACGGUGUGUGCCAUGCCCAUCCGGGCUUUAACGGUGUGUGCCAUGCCCAUCAGGGCUUUGACGGUGUGUGCCAUGCCCAUCAGGGCUUUAACGGUGUGUGCCAUGCCCAUCCGGGCUUUAACGGUGUGUGCCAUGCCCAUCCGGGCUUUAACAGUGCGUGCCAUGCCCAUCCGGGCUUUAACGGUGUGUGCCAUGCCCAUCAGGGCUUUAACGGUGUGUGCCAUGCCCAUCCGGGCUUUAACGGUGUGUGCCAUGCCCAUCCGGGCUUUAACGGCGGCACAGAUCUCCCAUCUGGUGAAGAUCUCGGGCAUCGUGAUUGCGUCCUCGCGAGCCAAGGCCAAGGCCACCUCGGUGGUGCUCAUGUGCCGCUCCUGCAAGAACGUCAAGGCCAUCCCCUGCCGCCCGGGCCUGGGUGGCGCCAUCAUCCCGCGCACCUGCGACCGCACCCCCCAGCCAGGGGAGGAGCCAUGCGGGGUGGACCCGUGGGUGGUGCUGCCGGAUAGGAGCGAGUAUGUGGACCAGCAGACGCUCAAACUGCAGGAGAAUCCCGAGGUAACUGAGGAGAAUCCCGAGGUAACUGAGGAGAAUCCCGAGGUAACUGAGGAGAGUCCCGAGGUAACUGAGGAGAAUCCCGAGGUAACUCAGGAGAAUCCCGGGGUAACUCAGGAGAAUCCCGAGGUAACUGAGGAGAAUUUCGAGGUAACUGAGGAGAAUCCCGAGGUAACUCAGGAGAAUCCCGAGGUAACUCAGGAGAAUCCCGAGGUAACUCAGGAGAAUCCCGAGGUAACUGAGGAGAAUCCCGAGGUAACUCAGGAGAAUCCCGAGGUAACUCAGGAGAAUCCCGAGGUAACUCAGGAGUAUCCCGGGGUAACUCAGGAGGAUCCCGAGGAGAAUCCCGAGGUAACUGAGGGGAAUUCCGAGGUAACUGAGGAGAAUCCCGAGGUAACUGAGGAGAAUCCAGAGGUAUCUGAGGAGAAUCCUGAGGGGACUGAGGAGAAUCCCGAGCGUCCUGCUGGCGGUGGACCUCUGGUUGCUGGUGCAGCGCAGCAUGACGUGCCAACGGGGGAGAUGCCCCGGAGCGUCCUCCUGGCAGUAGACCGCUCGCUGGUGCAGCGCAUCUCCCCCGGCACGCGCAUCACUGUGUUUGGCAUCUUCAGCAUCUUCCAGGCCUCCGAUAAAACCAAGUCGCGAGGGGCCAUGGCGGUGGCAAUACGGCAGCCAUACCUGCGAGUGGUGGGAGUGGAGAUGGCUGCGGAUGGCGCUGCCAGGUCCACUGCCUCCUCCUUCACCACUGAUGAGGAGGCGGAGUUCAAGGAGUUCAGCCGGCAGGGCGACGUGUACGGCGCCAUAAGCAGCCAGAUCGCGCCGUCCAUCUUCGGCCACGCCGACAUCAAGAAGGCCAUCGCCUGCCUGCUCUUUGGCGGCGCGCGCAAGCUACUGCCAGAUGGCGCAAGGCUGAGAGGCGACAUCAAUGUGCUGCUGAUUGGUGAUCCAUCCACCGCCAAGUCCCAGUUCCUCAAGUUUGUGGAGAAGACGGCACCUAUCGCCGUGUACACAUCAGGGAAGGGCUCCUCUGCUGCUGGUCUCACCGCCUCCGUCAUUCGCGAUGCCUCCUCUAGGGAGUUCUACCUGGAGGGCGGCGCCAUGGUGCUGGCAGAUGGCGGUGUGGUGUGCAUCGAUGAGUUCGACAAGAUGCGCCCUGAGGACAGUGGAGAGGCGAUGGAGCAGCAGGCGAUGAGCAUCGCCACGGUAGCCAUCACCACUCGCGCACCUCCCGUGUUCCCUGUGACCACCGUGCUUGCCCGUUCCAGCCGCUCGCACCAUGGAGUGGCGAUACACGAGGCGAUGGAGCAGCAGACGAUAAGCAUCGCCAAGGCGGGCAUCACCACGGUGCUCAACUCGCGCACCUCCGUGCUCGCCGCUGCCAACCCGCCCUCCGGCCGCUACGAUGACCUCCGGACGGCGCAGGAGAACAUUGAUCUGCAGAGCACCAUUCUGUCGCGCUUCGACCUCAUCUUUGUCGUCAAGGACACAAGGGACUUCAACCGCGAUCUCCAAAUCGCGCGGCACGUGGUGAACGUGCAUGCCAAGGCAGAUGCCGUGCUGGGGCAGGCAGACGAUGCCAUGGGCGGGCGGGCAGCCAUGGGGGACGGACCUGCAGGGGCGGGGGGCGUGGGGCACGCGGGGAAGGAUGGCGAGCAGGAGAACUGGCUCAAGAGGUACAUAGAGUUUGCUCGCACGCGCUGCUCCCCGCGGCUUUCAGAGUCAGCAGCAACGCUCCUGCAGAACAACUACGUGCAGAUCCGGCAGAACAUGCGGCGGAGGGCAACGGAGACGGGGGAGGCGUCAGCGCUGCCAAUCACGGUUCGCCAGCUGGAGGCCAUCGUGAGGCUCUCAGAGUCCAUGGCACGGAUGCAGCUCUCCCCAGUGGCCACGGAGGAGCACGUCACCGAGGCGCUGCGCCUCUUCCAUGUCGCGACGCUGGACGCCGCCCGGUCGGGCGUGGUGGACGGCGCAGUGCUGACGGAGGAGCAGCGGCGCGAGGUGCAGCAGGUGGAGGGCGCGGUGCGGCGGCGCGUGGCCAUCGGGGGCUUCGUGUCCGAGCGGCGCCUGCUGGAUGACAUCACGCGGUCCGGCAUCAGUGAGAGCGCCGUGAGUCCUGGGAUGAGAGGAGUCAAUCAGAGACUGCUGCUGGAUGAGAGGAGUCAAUCGGGUUUCAGUGAGAGCGGGUUGAGGCGUGGCGGGGGUCAUGGGCGGGGGCGCAUGAGGGUGAGCCCUGCUUGCCUGCUCGUCUCAUUCGCCUUGCAACCUGCUCCCCUGCUAGCUGCCUCCCCUGCUAGCUGCCUCCCCUGCUAG